GCGCGGAAGAGUAGCCUUACAGGGUGAAGGAAGUCCCGGGUUCUGGGUCGGCUUCCAGGGGCAGCGAACAGGAGGAGUGCCAUGGGCCGGAUCACAGAAGAUCUUAUUAGACGGAAUGCUGAACACAAUGACUGUGUAAUUUUUUCCCUGGAGGAACUUUCCUUGCAUCAGCAAGAAAUAGAAAGACUAGAACAUAUUGACAAAUGGUGCCGGGACUUAAAAAUUCUCUAUCUUCAGAAUAACCUUAUUGGAAAAAUUGAAAAUGUAAGUAAACUCAAGAAACUUGAAUACUUGAAUUUAGCUCUCAACAACAUUGAAAAAAUUGAAAAUUUGGAAGGCUGUGAAGUGCUGACCAAACUUGAUUUGACCGUGAAUUUCAUUGGAGAGCUGAGCAGCAUUAAAGCCCUGACCCACAACAUCCACCUGAAGGAGCUCUUUCUCAUGGGCAACCCGUGCUCUGACUUCCAGGGCUACAGGCCAUUUGUGGUGGCCACACUUCAGCAGUUACAGUGGCUGGAUGGGAAAGAAAUAGAUCGUUCAGAAAGGAUUCAGGCGCUGCAGAACUACCCAGUAGUUGAAGAGCAAAUCAGAGAGCAGGAAGAAGCUUACCUCCUCAGAAGAGCCAAACAGAAAGCAGAGGCUCUGAGACAGCUUGCGGAGGAGGGUGGAAAUGGAGACCAGAAGCGGACGGACAAGCUGGGCCUUGGUGGGCGGCCCUCUGCAGACAGCCCAGCGACACUCCCAUCUUCUUCAGAGAACAAAAACUACAUCCAGUUUCCAGAAAUACAAGAAGAAGCACACAAUGCAAAGAAGUUAAAUGAAAGUGAAGAUGACCUGGACUUCUGGAACAAGCCCUCCUUAUUUACUCCUGAAUCUAGAUUAGAAACUCUCAGACAUAUGGAAAAGCAACGGAAAGAACAAGAAAAACUCAGUGAGAAGAGGAAGGAAGUGAAGCCACCGCGGACUUUGAUCACUGAAUCCGGAAGGGUCCUGAAUGUCAAUGAGGCCAAGCUUGACUUCUUUUUGAAAGAUGAUGAAAAACAUAAUCAGAUCAUCCUGGACCUAGCUGUCUAUAGGUAUAUGGAUACCUCUUUAAUUGAAGUUGAUGUGCAGCCCAUGUAUGUACGAGUAAUGGUGAAAGGAAAGCCCUUUCAGCUUGUGCUUCCUGCAGAAGUCAGGCCUGACAGCAGCUCUGCUAAGAGAUCGCAGACGACAGGACAUUUGGUGGUCUGCAUGCCCAAGGUUGAAGAAGUAAUCACAGGUAGCCAACAACCAACCAAGUUUGUGAAGACCACUGUGGACCGCAGCAGAGGACAGGAAGAGCAGACCCACACCAGAAGAAAGCAGGUUGAGAAACUAGAAGUGGAUCCUAACAAGUAUUCGUUCCCCGAUGUGACUUCCAUAGUUCAAGAGAAGAAGCAUCCAUCCAGAAGAUCGGGACCCGAGCCCCAAACUGCCCCAAAUGAGGAAGAUCCACGCUUCGAAGAUAACCCUGAGGUUCCUCCACUGAUUUGAAACAUGAGGCUGCAGUUCUGUUGCCUGUGACCUGCUACUCAAUGCAGAGAAGAGGUGCACGACAUUCAUAGGAUAAAUUGAUUUAGCAUUAUUACCACGUUGAUGCUUUAACUUCUACUUUGUGCAGUCAUAUUCCAAAGUGAGUUUAGAAUU